CGGCUUUGUAAUUGCAUCACACUCUCGAACGACAACAAAAACAAAUUCAUCCGAACUAAAAACAACUUGAUCCGCUCUUUUUCUCGAUCUAGCGAAAGUUUCAUAAAAAAAUGGCUAUUCGUUUCCCUUCUGUACUAUCGAGUGCAAAGCAAAACUCCAAAAAUCAAUUGGUACUACCGAAAGGGUACAUACCGGUUUAUGUAGGAGAACAAACAGAUAAUAAGAAGAGAUAUGUAGUCCCACUUUCAUACUUGAGUCACCCUACAUUUCAAGACUUGUUGCAACGUGUUGAAGAUGAAUUCGGGUUUGAUCAUCCUAUGGGUGGUCUAACGAUUCCUUGCUCUGAAGAAAUAUUCUUCCUACUAACUUCCGAAAUGAAGUGCUAGAACGAUAUGAAGAACAAGCAAAUCGAUUUUUAUUAGCUAGUUACAUAUUUAUUAGGAAGUUUUUCCUUAGAUGAGUUAUAUAUUAUUCUAAUACGAUCAAUAUUGUACAGAUAUGCAUUUUUCACCAUCAAAAGAUGGGUGGCU